AUGGCUGACCAGUUAAAUGUGGGCGCCCUGAGUCUGGAGAACAACCAGCAGAACCCGACCGCUCGUUCUUACAUUCCACCUCACAUGCGAGGCAAGAUAGGUGGCGGCGGCGGCGGCAAUCCUCCCUCCAUAGCCCCCGCAGGCCCUCCGCCUCCUAUGAAUAAUGGUCUCAAUAGCAGUGCUUGGGCCGGGAACAACAAUUACGAUGCGCGACCCGGUGGAUGGGGAAACCCCCCCGAUUUUCCUGCCCAGCGUCAAGGCCCCGGAGGCUGGAACAACAAUAGCAACAAUCGAUCCUUCGAUCGCAAUGCAUAUGGUAACCCGGCUGCUGGCGGCGGUGGCGGCGGCGGCGGUGGUGGCAGCGGCAGCGGCAGCGGCGGUGCUCAUGCCAGAGGCUCGGGUGACGGAUCGUGGCGUGACGGAAAACAUAUUCCCGGCCCUGCAAACCCUCGUAUGGAGCGUGAGUUGUUCGGCACUCCCGAUGACCCAUCCAAACAGCAUACCGGCAUCAACUUCGAGAAAUACGAUGAUAUCCCGGUCGAAGCCUCCGGACACGACGUCCCAGAACCCGUCCUCAGUUUCAGCAAUCCUCCCUUAGAUGAUCAUUUGAUCCGGAACAUUGAGCUAGCCCACUACAAAGUCCCCACCCCCGUCCAGAAGUAUUCGAUCCCCAUUGUUAUGGGUGGACGGGAUCUGAUGGCUUGUGCGCAAACCGGUUCCGGAAAGACUGGCGGUUUCCUUUUCCCCAUUCUUUCCCAGGCCUUUAUCACAGGCCCCUCCGCCGUCCCCGUCGGUCCGCCGGGCGGUGGUUAUGGUCGCCAGCGCAAGGCUUAUCCUACCUCUCUUAUUUUGGCCCCAACGCGCGAGCUAGUGUCGCAGAUCUACGAUGAGGCCCGCAAAUUCGCCUACCGAUCCUGGGUCCGACCUUGUGUUGUGUACGGUGGUGCUGAUAUCGGUUCUCAGCUUCGCCAAAUUGAACGUGGCUGCGAUCUGCUCGUGGCGACCCCCGGACGUCUUGUGGACCUUAUUGAACGCGGUCGCAUUUCUCUCCAGAACAUCAAGUACCUAGUUCUCGACGAGGCUGACCGCAUGCUGGACAUGGGUUUCGAGCCCCAGAUUCGCCGCAUUGUUGAGGGCGAGGAUAUGCCCGGUGUUCAGAGCCGGCAGACUCUCAUGUUCUCGGCCACGUUCCCGCGAGACAUUCAGAUGCUUGCCCGUGACUUCCUCAAGGACUACGUCUUCCUUUCUGUUGGUCGUGUUGGCUCGACCUCGGAAAAUAUCACCCAAAAGGUCGAAUACGUCGAGGAUACCGACAAGCGCUCUGUCCUUCUGGACAUCCUUCACACUCAUGGCGGCGGUCUUACCUUGAUCUUCGUCGAGACGAAGCGGAUGGCCGAUUCUCUCUCUGAUUUUCUGAUCAACCAAAAUUUCCCAGCCACCUCGAUUCAUGGUGACAGAACCCAACGCGAACGUGAGCGCGCUCUAGAGAUGUUCCGAAACGGGCGAUGCCCCAUUCUCGUCGCCACCGCCGUUGCAGCGCGUGGUCUAGACAUUCCUAAUGUGACGCACGUCGUCAACUACGAUCUCCCCACUGAUAUUGAUGAUUACGUCCACCGAAUUGGUCGUACUGGCCGUGCAGGCAACACGGGCCACUCUACCGCAUUCUUCAAUCGUGGAAACCGUGGUGUCGUACGAGAUCUCAUCGAACUUCUAAAGGAAGCCAACCAGGAAGUGCCGGCUUUCCUCGAGACUAUCGCCCGGGAGAGCUCCUACGGCGGUGGCCGUGGCGGGCGAGCCGGUGGUGGCCGUGGCCGUGGCCAGGGCGCCAACCGCGAUUUCCGAAAGUACGGUAGUCCCAGCGGAUUCGGCGGUGGCUUUGGAGGGCCACAGGGAUCUGGCGGCGGCAGCGGCUACGGUGGCGGCGGCGGCGGCGGUUUCAACGGGCCUCCUCCUGGCCAGGGAUACGGCGGCAGCGGCGGCGGCAGUGGCUAUGGCGGAGGAGGUGGUGGUCCAAGCUACGGGGGCGGCGCCUACGGCAACCCGAGCGGACCAGGCGCUUCCUGGUGGUAAUCUCGACGCGACCGUUUGAGGGCGCGCCCAGGCAUGAUCUUAAUCCUACCGGCCGCAGGUGGGAUUGAGGACGGGCGUAUUGACGAUGCGGUACAUAGAUUUCACGGUCUCAUACUCUUGCUUUCUCACAUCGUCGCCUGAGUUACCGAGUCUCGCAAGGUCUCUCUUUUCUCUCUCUCUCUCUUUUCGUUUAUUCUGUUUACCUGGCAUUCAUCGACACUUUCCGCCCGACAUACUCCUACGGCAGACACAACUUCCGGCCUCCAUCUGGAUCGGCAGAUUCGAGCCCUACAAGAUAGGGCUCCGGCAUACGAUAGACGGCAUUGGUCUUGAUUUCGGCUGCGCCACCCCCCGACAACUUGAUACCCAUAGAAGACGGCGGGGGGUUACAUGCGAGCAGCUGCAUGAGACGCAUGGAGGUCAGAGACACGUACCUUGACCAAGAACAUUACGGAGAACACAUUCACCAGCUCUGAUGUGCAGCAUUUACAGUUUGUGCUGGCACCUUAACGAUGAUGACGAUCUCCGCUUCCGAUGUACCCUAUAUUUGCCCUUUUGGAAGCCGGCCGAGAUUCUUUCUCGUUUUCCCAUAGGACGGGGCAACGCGCUACCGCACGGCAGUGGAUUUGUGUUGAUGG